CCGCGGCGGGGCGGGGAGACGCGGCCUGCGCCUGGCGCGGGCGGCGGCCGCCGCGGGCGGACGGCAGCGGCGGCAGCGAUUAAAUAGAGGCGGGGAGGCGGGAGCCGGGGCGCGGAUAUGGCGCUGACGGGAGCCGGGCGGCAGCGGGACCUGGACAACGGUUCCUUGGAAAUAACACAGAGUUUAGAAGAUGAUCCUCUACUUGAUGCACCACUUAUUUCAUCUCAUGCAUUGCAUUCCCAACUGAGGCCAAGAUUUCGUGCUAUCCCAGCAGUCCUUCUUGCCAACUUUCUGUUGUUCAUACAUGUUGCUUUUGUUGUCCUAGCGUUUUUAGCAGCUAUGUUUUGUUCUUAUCCCAAUCCAAAUCAGGACAAGUGCCCUGGAAAUUAUACUCAUCCACUUAAAGUGCAGACUGUCAUAAUCAUUGCAAAAGUAAUUCUAUGGAUUCUGCACGUUUUUUUUGAGCAAUACACCCAGCACCACCACAGUAAAGUCAGAAGCAGAGGUUACUUCUCAAUCUAUCGAUCAACAAGACAUCUAAAAAGGCUUCCACUGGUGAUACACUCUACAGGAAAUGCAGCUGUGCUUUUGAUUCUGUCAGCCCAGCAUUCCUUUCCUGAUCACAGUAAAGUGUACCUGUACCUUAUCCUGGGAGUCCUGGGCCUGGAGCUGAUGAGUUCACUGACAUGCUUAGUGAUUUACACAGUGAAAAUAAGCAACUUCAAUCGUGCAAAGCCAAGACCUGAUAUAAUCGAAGAAGAAAAGAUGUAUGCCUACCCCAGUCACAUUACCUCAGAAACAGGAUUCAGGGAAAAUUCAAGUUUAGAAGAGAUAGUUGAGAAGCAAGGAGAUGUGAUUGAAUAUCUUCAGCGACACAAUGCACUGCUUAGUAAGAGACUAUUGGCACUAACGUCACAGCAAAUCAGAACUUAAAAGCAUUUGGAAAACUGCUGCUGCAGCUCAAGAGGAAAUAUGAAGCAACCCAAGUUGUACAGAUGACUCUACUUCAUGAGGUGACUCAUCUUUCACAUUUUGAAAUAGAAGUCUGUUAAGCUGGAAGAAUGAGUUCUACAUACACUGUAAACCUGUUACAACUGGACGUAUUCUGGCACUACUGCAUCCCCACCCCCCAGUCAUCAGUUCUGAAAAGAUAUUCUGGAGGUCUGAGGAUUUUUAAUUCCUGAUAGGUUAAAGUUGGGCCUGAGGUAAUGGUUUAACUUUCUUCAGUUGUUACUAUUACUUAGCACUGUUGUAACCUUUAAGCUUAAAACUACCAAAGUGUUUUGUAUUUCUAGAAUGCAAACUGUUUUCUGGAAAAUCAAAUUUUGCAGAGGGUGUCUUCUCAGUUGAAGUUUCCAGUGGCUGAAGCUGAGACUAGGUAUGUUCUGUCACUGACUCCUGUUGCUUCCAGUUGUUAGAAGUGGUGUACCUCAGUAAUCCUAUACAAAGUAGAUACUUGGUUUCUAGAUCUGUCUUGUUCUCUCCUUUGUCAAGAAAAUAAGUGACACUGUAGCCUAUGCCAACAGGGAAAUUUGGCACUGAAUUUAUGACUUUUAAAGCACUGGGUGCCCUAGAAUGCCAAAUCUCACAUCUGAAUGUGUGGUAGGUAAGUGUCAUGAUAAGCAAUUUGAACAGCUGUUCAGAAUUCUGGCUUUAAAACUCCUAAAAGGGAUCUCCAAGGCUGAUGUUCCUGUUGCUAGAAUUUUGUGUUAGUUAAUACUAAACAGGAUUCCUACUUUGCAUGUUGAACUAACUUGAGGCAAAAAGGUUAAGAAAAAUUCUUUAAUUUAUUAAACUAGUAACCAACUCAUGUUGAACAGGUUUAAACUGUUAGGACUGUGCAGUAUGAAGUUAGAUCCUCUUAAAGAUGCUAUCACAAUUAUGCACAUGUUGGCUCUUUACUUCAUGACUCUUCAAAUGUCAGCAUCCUGAUUCAAAAGCUAAAGUAUGUACAUGAGUGGCAAAAACUAGAGUAGGAGACAGAAUUGAAAAUUUGUUUCUCAAACUACUAUAACACCUUUCCAUUUCAUGGAUUUAUUAGGAAGGCUAGUCUUCUGGCUUGAACCUUGCUGUCUUGGAUAGCAAUAGCAUGUGUCUGUCCACCCGUUCUUCUCUUUCACUGGCAAAAGAACCAUUCUGUUCUUGUACUAUUUGUCUACCAGUGUAGACCAAGCCAAUAUUUCUGUAGGGAGACUGGAUGAUCACUGGUCAAAACAGGAAGAGGGCUCAAAUGAGGGGUAGUCUUGUAGGAAUAUAGAAAAAUCAAAAGAAAUGAAUCCAUUCUAUUUUGAUCCUGGGACAUAUUUCUAGAAAUCAGUUGUAUACCUGUUUAGUAUGUAACAAACACUGGAGUUGUCUGGUUUGAAGGAAAACAAUAAAUUUUGGAGACUUUGCUGCUAUUCAACAUUGAACUCUGUUCCCCUUUAACUGUUGUUUCUUGAAAAUGCAGCCAGGAUUUUAUUAUAAACUUGUGAGGGAUACAAAUAUUUUUGGUUUUAGAACUCAGGUUUUGAUGUGAUUGUGAAUAUAAAUUUGUAUGAUUUCUAUGAAAAGCAGUAAAUGUGACUGAAGUUUAUGUACAAUAAAUGCAACUAAGGAAGAGUGAA